GCAGAACAGGAAGCUGCCAUUACUGAGUCUGGUAGUUUCUCACUCCAGUAACUAUAACUGAACCAUACUGGAGGACAGAAUCCCAGCAAUAACUUAUCCUUUUGAUUGGCAUUUCACUGCUGUCUUUUGGGAGUAGUGAACAGUUUACCUGCCUAUAAUACCAGAAUUUGGAAAAAAAUAAGCUUAGAAAGUGAACUAUAACAGGGUAUUGUACUGUCUAAAAACUUUUUGCUGCCUGUCAGGUUUGGGUUGUAUCAGAAAAGGAAGUGUGUAUGUUUAACAAAACAGUUAAACACAUUUGAAGAAUCCUAGCAAGUAAGACAGAUGAGCACCAACAACCAGGACGUGGAUUCUCAAGGGGAUGACAGGAGUCAGAAUCCCAGCCAACAGGAAGAGUUUGACUUUUCCAUCCUAUUUGACUACAAUUAUAACAUACCGCUGCUUCCUUCUGAAGAUGAAUCAGCACGUCUGCCACAUGGUAUCAGCCCAUCUUCUGGUGAAAAGUACACUCACAGUGAUGCUUCAAGUUACGGUGUCCGGUCUUUCAGUUCCCUGGCUUGCACAUCUGAAUCCAUGGACAGAUAUGGACACCCUGAUAAUGAGCCAAAGUGCUACAUGGAUCCACCAAAACCAUUACAACAAGCUAUGAGCCCAAGAAUUGAGAUAACACCAUCACCCAUAGAUCUGAUGUAUGCACUAAGUAACAGCCAGGGUAGAGAUGCAGAGUUUUUAGGAGAACAUCAUCCUAGUUCAACAACCAGUCCAAGAUUUACUCUUCCUGUCCCUGGCCUUGAGAACUGUGUAUAUAGGGAAACACCUUUAAGUCCUGCUAGCAGCGGUUCAUCUACCAGCUUUGUCUCAGAACAGAGCUUCUCUCCAUACUCAUCUCCAGGUGUUUCACCAAAAAACAGUACCAAUGAAGAACUGUGUCCACAGUUUCAAGGUAUUCCAGCUCAUUUUUCUCCACGAACAUCACCUGUUGUCUCACCACGAACAAGCAUCACUGAAGAAACUCACCUAGAUCCUCGUUCAACAUCGCCACACCCCAGAUCUAGGUCAUCAUCGCCAGGUGGAAAGAGAAGGUUUUCAUGUACAGAACCCUAUAACACUCAGAGUACAUCACCAUUCCAUUCACGCACACCUUCUCCUCAGCACUGGUCUCACAUUAGCCCAAGAGAGGAAAGCUCCAGUUUAAGCCAGUUUUCAACAUCUCCUAGCAAUACUGAUACGGUGGAUACCUUUACAACAGACUGCUAUGGUAUCCCUAUGAAAAUAGGGAAAAGCAGUCCAGACCCAUCACCAGUGCCUUCCAUGACAACCGCCAUGCCGUCACAUAUUCUGUCAUCUGUUGAAUAUCUUCACCUGGCUUCAUACGAACAUGAGAAAAAGGAGAGAAAAAUGAAGCCAAACACAGAACCAGUCAUUGUGAUGCAGCAUGCAUGGCCAAAGCAAAUACCAAAUUACAGCAGUAUACCCAUCACCUCUCUACCAUCUCUAGAGUGGCAACUGGAAAGCCAUUCAGGGCCAUAUGAACUUCAGAUAGAAGUACAACCAAAACCUCACCAUCGUGCUCACUAUGAGACAGAGGGCAGCCGAGGAGCAGUAAAAGCUGCUGCCGGAGGUCAUCCUGUUGUACAGCUUCAUGGUUAUAUGGAAAACAAGCCCCUGAUGCUGCAGAUCUUCAUUGGUACAGCAGAUGAACGAAUCCUUAAACCUCACGCCUUCUAUCAGGUCCAUCGCAUCACUGGGAAAACUGUCACAACAACUAGCUAUGAGAAGAUAAUCAGAAGCACUAAGGUUCUAGAAAUCCCUCUGGAGCCAAAGAAUAACAUGAAAGCAGUAAUUGACUGUGCUGGGAUUCUGAAGUUAAGGAAUGCCGAUAUCGAGUUAAGGAAAGGAGAAACAGACAUUGGGAGGAAAAACACCAGAGUCCGAUUAGUUUUCCGUGUUCACAUUCCUGAAGCCAGUGGAAGGAUUGUCUCACUGCAGGUGGCUUCUACUCCAAUUGAAUGCUCUCAGAGGUCUGCCCAUGAGCUCCCAAUGGUGGAAAACCAGACCAUAGACAGCUGCUCAGUUUUUGGUGGACAGCAGAUGAUAUUAACAGGCCAGAAUUUUACUGCCGACUCCAAAGUUUUAUUUAUUGAAAAGGCCCCAGAUGGACAGCAAGUGUGGGAGGUGGAAGCUACUGUCGACAAAGACAAAAGUCAGUCUAAUCUGUUGUUUGUCGAAGUUCCAGAAUAUCGAAACAAAAGUUUACGUGCUCCUGUCAAAGUGAACUUCUAUGUUAUUAAUGGAAAAAGAAAAAAAAGUCAGCCCCAGCACUUUACCUAUCAUCCACAGCCAGUGCCUUCAAUCAAAACUGAGCCAAUCGAUGACUAUGAAUCAAGCACACACUACAGUCCAGUUAUUGGAUGUCUGGGAACAGUGUCACAGCCAUAUUAUUCCAUGCAAGCUUUGGGCCAGGUAAACCCCACUUCCUGCCUUGUGUCUGGAAUAGGUUCAUGUCAGCAAGUUCAGUUAGGACUCUCCCCAUCAGACUCUCAGUAUCAACAACUGAGUCAGGCACCUGCACUCUACCCCAUAAGCAAAUGCCUCAGUCCCAGUCAGGCAGGAUUCCAGCCACCUCUGCUGACGGCCUCACCACCUCACACACUGGUAGAUCCUCACCGCUCAGUACUAGUGCCUGUCUGCUCACCAGGUCAGUCUUCCAUCAUGAUGCACCACCAUUCUCCAACCAAUCAUCAGUCAUCUCCAGUAAUUCAGUUUUCACCAACUAAUCAGCAGCUGAAGCCUGACCGCUAUCAGGAAUAUCAUCACAUAAUGUACUGUGAAAACUUUACACCUUCUGCAACACGGCCUCCUCAGUCACAAAUACAUCACAGUCAGAAGAGGAGCCCAAGCCAAUACCCUACAGUUAUUCAGCAGCAACCAUCAAUUCAACGGGUUGCAAAAAAUGGACCACCACCCACUGAACAGAAGGGAGCAUUACCUACUGGGGUUAUUAUUAAACAGGAACAGAAGCAGCUGGACCAGGCCUACUUGGAUGAUGUUAAUGAAAUCAUAAGGAAGGAAUUCUGUGGAUUCCCCGCCAGAGGUCAGACAUAGACAAAUGAACCUACAGAACCCUGUUUUCAGACUGCUUCUACCUUUGACAUUUUGGAACAUAAACUCUUCCUGCUGCCUUCUGUUUCCUCUUCUAGGAAUGAACUCACAGGACGAACAAUGACCUGGCAUCAAGUAGAUGACCCUUCAUUAUGAAAUUUCUUUUGUAAACAGUAAUGUAUUUUUUAAUUUUAUUUUGAAGAACUGUACAGAAGGACAGCCAAUGUUCUUUCCAGACUUAUCAACUGAAAGUGGGAAAACUAAAAGUCAUCAUUACAGCACGGCUGAGAAUGUAAAAACAAGGAACUGCACCGGGCUGCAAAUGAAUGUAUUAAUAUUCCAGAAGGUUCAAAAAAGAACAGAAAAAAUAUGGAAUGAGAUGACAACUGUUCAUUUUGCUUCAUGAAUGUUUGGUCUUUGAAAUACAGAUUACAGUUUAUUUCUAAUAGUAGUAAAAUCAUGCCUAAUUUAUCAGUUUUCAUUUAAGGUACAUUCAGAAUUAGAAACAGGGGAAGUAUGAACUCCAUAGUAGAAAAUGUAUGUGUUUGAAAAACACAAGUUUUUUGGACAGUGGUAAAUUUUUUGCAAGUUUGUAUUAGUAAACUUUAGGGUACAUGUUUGUUUUUUAUAUAAGCUUUGGGUUGAUGGAAUGCUGUCUCCACAGAUUUUAAGUAUGCAUGAAGCAUACUUGAGCACUUGGGAAUUUUAAAGUAUUAGGCACAAAGUUAACAGGAUGAAUGUAAGCAUCAUAUACAGCUUCCUCUACUUUAAUGUGCUAAGUUGAAUGGUAUGUCCCAUUGUGCAUCACCAAAGUUUGUAUUUGAAGAAAAUUUGUGUUAUGGAAUGUAUCAACAAUAUUAAUCUCCAAGGGCCUUCAUUUCAACUAAUUGCUUUGCUAGUGCCUUACAGCUGUUUUGUGUUACUAGUUUUAGUUAGAGGACUUCGUGAAGUGCCCGGCUGUCAAUAAGUUGCCUGUAAGGAGACAGACCAUUACCAGGCUACAGUUGCAAUGUUUUCCCAUUAAUGGCUAUGUGCAGGCAAUGAGCAGACUCUCUGCGCUCUAGCUUCAGUGGCAUUCUUCCUGAAAUUCCACAGCGGGAUCUGUCUACCUCUUUGUGGAUCAGUAAUACAAUCACCUACAUUUCACACGCAAUAGUCCCUGAGUGAGUAGGCUGUGCAUUAUCUUCAUUUCAGAAGGAAAAAUGAAAGGGCUUACAUGAAUAGGCAUGCUCCUUCCAGCUUCAAGCCCCCACAUGACCAAAGUGGAUAACCACAGUGCAGGUAGUAAGACAUGCAGGCACGUUCUGUGUUAAAUCAGAGUUCAGAAACGUGUGCUCAGUCCACUUAACUGUGUUGUAUGCUGGCUAAAAACUAAUAUCUCCUCUCCCUAUGUCACCCUUCUUCAAAUUGGUGGCUAUUUGUCAGUGAUACUGCUCAAUAAAUCCCAAGAAGUUGUGAAUAUCAGCAGACUCUAGUUCCUGCUUGCAUACGCUAUAUAAACAUUAAUCUAUGCUGAUUCAUGUUUACCAUCAUUGAUGUUUUGUUACUGUUAGGCAGAAAUUUCUGGCUGUACUUUAUUACAAGGUCUCUACCUAUUCUUUAUUUACCUUUUCACCAACUUAUGGUAGUGGUUAUGGCAGAACACCCAAAAGCAUCACUGUCAUCUGUGAGUGCAUUUUUUUAGCUGUCAGUUAUGCUGCAGCGUCAGAUAUUGUUAUGCAGAGCGAGCAAGAGAGAGAGAGACAGAGAGGGAGAGAGAGAGAGAGAGAGAGAUACAGAGUAUAGCUUUCUGCUUAUUUCAGAAAAGUUUUAAAGUGUCAUGGGACACAGCUAUUAUGUUGAAAUGACCAAAGUGCUUUGUUUUUCGCCUUUUUCCUGUGUACACUAUACCACAAUGAAUAUAUAAUAGCAUUUUAUAUCUGUAUUUCCAUAUAAUUUUGGUAAAUAAUAUAACCAUUUUUUAGAAGGCAAUGAGAUUUUUUAUUUCAUAAGAAUCUAUUUUUUCUUACCGUUUCAUAAACAGUUCAUGUCUUUUUUUUGUAAAUCUGCUUGUAGCACAUGAGACACAACUUGGCUUGGCUUGACUUGGUGUAGAAAGCGGUAAUACCACAUAAGUAUUUGUGUAUAUUAUUUUGCACAGUUUUAUAACAGAAGUUCAAGACAUGAGUGAUCAGUUCUAAAAAUGUGUGACCAUGGAAUGAGUUUUUACUGUAACAACAAUAAUUAAACUCUGCAACUCUUUUAAAACUU